CUCUUUUUCUGUGAGGGUUCGGUUUGGUCGUCGUCGCAACUCCCCCACUUGUGAAUUCCAAAGUACACUUAACACAUACACAACCUCUUCAAGCGGUUUCCCCUGUUUGGUUUUACGGCGGCUCUAAACCCGUUUUCUCAGUGUAUCUUCAAAAUUGAUAAUGGCCACUGAAAAGAAUACUCUGGAUUCUGAGGCUACUUUUGCGCAAACAGUACCAGCUCUUGAUUCUACAACAAAGAAACAGGAUGAGGUAUUUACAAUCUUAUUAGCCACAUACUCAAUCUGCUGCUAGCAAAGAAUGCUUUUACAUAAAGUUUGGUUAUCUUUUCAGUCUCCUCCAAAGAGUACCCCGUCUCUUACUGUCACUGCUUGUGCUAAUGGAUCUGAUGUAGUAUCUUCUCAGCCAAAUGACAAUGGCCAAGCACAUACUACAGAUUUUCGAAAGGGAAAUCACCGUGACAAAAACAGCUCAGAUGUCUAUGCUGAUUCGACUUUGCGUGGAGAUCGACCAAAAGGAAGCAAUUGUUUGUCUCAAACUUCUUUUUCGGCUCCUAAGCCUCUUGGAAAUUUCAAUGGUGCUGGUAGACUUCCUCCCAAUACACAAGCACAUGCAUUCAGACCACCAUUUAAGGGAAAGGAAGCCGCAGGACAGUUCUUAACAUUCUCCAAUCAGAAGACAAGCUGUGUCCCAUAUUCUGGUUACAUUAAUGGAAACUCAAAUAAUGGUUUCUGGGAUCAAAGGGAUCAUAAUAAGAAACCUGAGAGAAAUGGAGAGUCUGACUACUUGGUUGAAUUGAAAUGUGGUCCGAGAGCCAAUGCAAAGACUCGUCCUCCUUCCGAGUCGUCACCACUGAAGCAAAACAAUUCGUUUGCCUUGGCUCUUCGUAGAGAGAUGUAUAACCUCCCUGACUUUCAGACUGACUAUGAAGAUGCCAAGUUUUUCGUAAUCAAGUCGUACAGCGAAGAUGAUGUUCACAAGAGUAUCAAAUAUUCUGUGUGGUCAAGCACUAUCAACGGAAACAAGAAACUCGAUGCAGCUUUCCGUGAUGCUGAAACAAAAACACUCGAGGAUGGCAAGAAACGUCCAAUAUUUCUCUUCUUCUCGGUGAAUGCGAGUAGACAAUUUGUGGGAUUAGCUGAGAUGGUUGGAUAUGUGGACUUCAACAAGGAUUUGGAUUUCUGGCAGGUUGAUAAGUGGAGUGGCUUUUUCCCUGUUGAAUGGCAUGUGGUUAAAGAUAUUCCUAACUGGGAACUACGCCAUAUCAUCCUCGACAACAAUGAGGACAAGCCAGUUACUCAUACGAGAGAUACUCACGAGAUCAAACUCAAAGAAGGUCUCCAAAUGCUUUCGAUAUUCAAGAAGUACUCUGCGGUAACAUUUUUGUUAGACGACAUGGACUUCUACGAAGAGCGAGAGAAGUCUCUUCGAGCGAAGAAGGAGCAUAAACCAGCCACUCUUCGCAUGGAUCUCUUCAAAGAGAAAGACUAUGACUAUGAGAUGGAAGGCAACAGGAGAAUGAAUCACCAAGAAAGAGGAUAUAAUUGGAACAGAAGUAGCAAUAGCAAAACACAAGCAUCUCUUGUCAAUCAAACCAAGUAUCUUUCCAUAAGAGGCUACUCUGGUUACAAGAAGAACACUGGCAAUUCAACAUGAGAUGACAUUCGUCAAUCUUUAAUUCCUCGUCUUCUUUAUUUUAUUCAUUCAUGAAUUGCUUUAGUCAGUUCAGGAAUCAUUAGGGUUUUUUUUUCUUCCGUUGUUAGGGUUUGGUUUCUAUUUUUUCUAUUUCAUAUUCAGAUGUCUUUAGGCCCACGGAUUCAUUUUCACGAUCUCAAUGAUAAAUCACUUUUCAGAUACA